AUUAUACAGUCUGAAACAUUCAAAGCCAAUGGAUGUUGAAGAUGGAGUGAGAGAUGCCUUCUCCUGCAUUGAAUUAAGCUACAAUCAUUUGAGAAGCAAAAGAGAUGAGUUAAUGUUCUUGAUGUGGAGUAUGUUUCCCGAAGAUCAUGAGUUCUUUGUUGAAGAUUUGAUCAGAUAUGGAGUGGGAUUAGGCAUAUGUGGCGAAGUUGAAUCAAUUGACACAGCAAGGAAUCAGUUGAGAGCUAGUAUUAACAAACUUAUAAACUCUUGUCUGCUGAUGCACUCUGACAAAAACAAAGAACACUUUUCUAAUGUGAAUAGAGCAGAUCAUGUGAAGAUGCAUGACAUGGUUCGCGACACUGCUUUGUGGAUAGCAUCUAGAUCAGAGAACAAAAAGAUUCUGGUAAAUCUUGUUAAUGAUCUAAACACCUUGGUUGAAAAUGGAGACAUCAAUGAUUAUUUUGCAGUAUCAUCAUGGAACAAGAAAAUGAACCGGAUUGCUGCUCAAGUCACUGCUACAAAGCUUGAGUUUCUAUUGCUGAGUUCUAGAAUGUCCUUGGAUAUAGCAAGUGCAUCUUUCGAAGGGCUUAAAGAGAUCAAGGUUAUGGCAAUUAUCAGUGAAGGUUAUAGGACUUUGUUAUCAUUGCCACAUUCAACUCAAUCCUUGACUAACCUGCAAACUCUAUGCUUGAGAGGAUGGGAUUUAGAUGAUAUAUCUUUCAUAUUGAACCUUACAAAGCUUGAGGUUCUUGAUUUGCGAGCUUGUCGCUUCAAACAAAUUCCGAAGGAAAUUGAGAGAUUGAAUAAAUUGAAGUUGCUGGAUUUGCAAGGUUGUGCAGUUCUAGAAAACUAUAAUUCUGAAGCAAUAGGAAAUUGUGAACAGCUUGAAGAGUUAUAUGUUUCUGGACCUUCCUUCCAGAAGGAUGAUAAAUGCAUGUUUCCUUGUCAAACUUUUCUUGAUGAUGUUAUAUCUUCGAAUUUACAGAGACAUGUAUUAGAGCUUGGACCCUUACAAACUUAUGGCCAUGGCAUCAAUGAGAAUUCUAGUGUGAGAGCUCUAAGCUUGAAAGAGUUUGAUAUAUCCAAAUUUGGUGCAUCUAAGAUGAAUCUUCUGCAAAGAGCAGAGGAAAUUUCCUUGAACCGCCUUCGCGGAGGAUGUAAGAAUGUUGCUCCAGAGUUGGUUAAAGCAGCCGGAAGCAUGAAUGAUUUGACUAAGCUCAGGCUUCGCUCUUGUUCGGAGAUAGAAUGCAUCAUAGAUACAUCUUCUUCUGGCAGUUAUUUUCAGUAAGAUGCCUUAAUGCCAGGUUUAGUCAAGUUAGAGCUGGAGGAAAUGGAAAACUUGAAAGAACUUUGCCAUGGUUCACCUAUGCAUGCUCUUGGCUUCUUUGAGAAAUUAGA